UAGCCUUCUGGGCCUGGCCUUUGCAUUAGGACACGGAAAGAGCUGAACGAAAGAGCCACAUGCUUUUUACUUUCCUGUAGUUGAACACAAAAGUAGCUUUUUGUUACGUCUAGUGCAAGAAUUAGAAUGAACAAACCCAAAAUCGUCAGACCGGAGGAGAGCCAGCCAGCACAUGCUCUGUGGUACGACAGAAAGAAGUAUGUCACCAUCACCUUCAUAGUUCAGAAGCCGAAAGGUGUCCAAGUUGAUAUCCAGGCUGACAAAGUUAUUUUAUACUGCAAGAAUGACACAGAUGAUGUGUUCUACAAUGAGCUGCACCUCUACGACAAAAUCCAGAUUCAUGACUCCAGAGAAAGAGUUUACGACCGUACGAUCAAUGUCUUGCUAAGAAAGGUGAAGCCUGAUUAUGCGUGGCCUCGUCUCCAGAAAGACUCAGCAAAGCCCAGUUGGAUUUCUGUGGACUUUGAUAACUGGAGGGACUGGGAGCAUGAAGAAGAUGAGGGAAAGGAAGAGUACGACAGAUACGUGGAUAUGAUCCAAGAAAUGGCUGAAGGUAACAAAGGAGGAGCACCGGACAUGGGUGAUCUCAGUGAUUCUGACUGAAGCUUACAGCACUUCAUCACCUCUGUUGGUGGCUGCUAUAAAGGUGUAGCCCGGGAUGCUGAGGGCAUUGUUAUGUUUGCUGAAGCUUGUAAUUUCUGCCCAAGAUUUUAUGUGUUAUCGUCCAAUAUACUGUUUACAUAUCAUUUUAUAUGGCUUUAUUUAUUGAUAUUGUCCCCUGUACACUGGAUUGUCAUUUUAAUAAAAAUAUGUUUUAUCAACCA